CCAAAGAACCAACAACGAAACGAAGGCAGCGACGACACCAGCAUCCGACGAUAACGACGACGACGACGAUGAUGCUGCGUGGAGCACGAUGCUCAUUGGGCGACGUUUUUUCGCUGCUCUGGCAGCGAGACGACAGUGUGAAUUUGUAACUCGAGAGCGACGGAACGAUUGCGGCUAAAAAAAAAGGCUCGGAUUUUUGCAAAUAUUUGCCCCGAAGUGGAGGCAACAUACACACACACAUACACAAAAGUGCAGCAAACAGCAACAGCAACAAUAAAAGUGUUCAGCAACAACAUCAUCAUCAUCAUCAACUUCAUCAUCAACGACAACUACAACAAUAAAAGCAACAACAGCAACAUUCUCAUCACAAAAGGAUAUUUUUAGGAGGCUGCAACAACUGCAGCUGGCAAUUUCAACAUUGGAACAAAAGACUUUCUUCCAUUCAACGUUUUUGUGUUUUUUAUUUUACAUUUUUUGUUGUUUUCAUUUUGGUUUUGUUUUUUGUGUUUUUGGCACAACUGAAGCAAUUAACUGAAAAUGUAGCGCUGCCAAAGGACAUGGCCAGAGUGGAACAGCAAAUGCGAUGCCAUGCAACGACAAGCAUAAAUAAACUUGGCAGAUUCCGUGAUUAGGACGUGGUGUACCCAAGCGCUCUAAAUGCAGACGAUAUGGGCACAACAUGGCCUCAGCACAGAUGCGACAUUUCUAUAACACACCAACAACAACAACAACAACAAACAAGUCUACUUCUAUCACAACACGCCAACUCUUACAACAGCAGCAGCAACUACAACAACAGCAACACACGGCCAACAACAGCAAACGGAAGCAAUUUGAAAGUGAAACGUUUCUGUGCCACACAACAACAAAAACAGAAGAAGCAGCAACAGGAGCAACACAAAGUAAAUUGGAAGCAACAUGGCAGCCACUCACGCCAGCAACACUCGAACCAGCAGCGACAGCAACUGCAGCAGCAGCAGCAGCAGCAAAAUCUGCAAGAGCAACAGCAUCAGCAUCAGAUGAUGCACAAGCGUCGAGUGGAUGUGAAAAAGGUGCGUCAAAUUGGUUAUGGACAAUACAUGAGAUUGCUGCCGGCAGCAACAGCAAUAGCAGCAGCGCCAAAAUGCUGCAACAGCAACAACAGCAGCAGCAGCAGGAACUGCAUCAGCAAUAUCCUGUCGCAAGUUCACAUGGUGCUAAUUGCAAUGACGACAGCGACGUUAUUGGCACUUGCGUUGCGGGAUGGCAACACAUUGCUGUUGUUACUGUGGCUGCCACUGUUGCUCUUGGCCAUGCUAAGCAAGUUGUCCACGACAGCAACAACAGCAACAGGAGUGAGUGCACCACAACGACAGCAACUAGCAACUGUAAGCCAGCAAUACAAUCACGCUUAUCUUCCAAAACCAAAUACGGCCAAGGUCAGGACACUGCAACAGCAACAACACGAACAACAACAACAACAGCAACAACAACAUCCACAACAACAGGAACAACUACAACAACAACAAGCAAACAACGAAAAAUCUAUCAACACUGCACAAACAAUGUCGCUGCCACUGCCCUCGGCUCACGGACUGUCAAAAUCUUUAUGGAUAUGCAAAAAUUUGCACGCACUGUAUUUCCGCUUGUUAUUGUCUUCAAUCUGCUACCUUUGUUCUAUGCAGUGGCAGCCACGGGGCAUUUGAAGUCGCCUGGCGUUGAGAGCGAUGGCGAGCCUUGGAUGCAGCCGGUUGUGGCAUAUUUGGAGGCGCCGGUGCGGCCCACAAAAUCGCCAAAAUGUGAUCAGACGUUUGUGUCGCGCAUUGGCGGGCCACAGAACGGCAGCUUCACGGCGCCGCUGCUGCACAACCAUCGCAAUCAUUCGCGCCAAUGCCUCUACACAUUCCUAGCAGGACCUGGACAGCGCGUCGAAGUAGUUUUUAAAUCCUUUAAUUUAAGAGGAAGUCCGCCAGACGGUUCGGCCGUCGGUGAAUUACCAAGCUGUGUUCAUGAGUACAUGGAUAUCUACUCGGAGGUGCAAUCGUCCGAACCAGCGGAGCUGAUCAAUUCCCCAUUCGGCGGUCGCUAUUGUGGCGCCAUUCCGCCGCGUCGUCGCAUUUCCAUGUACCGCGCCGUUGCAAUUUCAUUUUUUAGCAACAAAAAUGUGUCGACCGAUCUGUUCGAGGGCACGUUUAGGUUUAUAAAUGCAUCGGAAUAUGAAAUUGGCAUACCCAUUGCUGGGUCGCCAUGUUCCUACACGAUAACGCCUAGCAUGAGUAUCAAUAAAACUGGCGCACUCAUAUCGCCAACCUAUCCAGGUGCCUAUCCGAAGGAUAUGUCAUGCACAUAUCAAUUUCUUGGUGAAUCGAAUCAAAGAGUUAGAUUAGAGUUUCGUGAUUUUGAUCUGUUUUUUGGUGGACCACACUGCCCAUUUGACUAUGUGAAAGUGUACGAUGGUCCAGACAAUUCGUCAGCAUUAAUCGGUACAUAUUGCGGACAGCAAAGAAACUUAGUAUUGUAUUCGAGCGAAUCGAGCCUUUUUGUUCAUUUUUAUACCUUACCGCGCACCGCAAAUACGCAAAAUCGUGGCUUUAAAGGAAUUUAUGAAUUUAGCGAAAGUUUUGUUAAAUUAGAUUUUAUACGUGAAAAUGAUGGCAUUCACAUACGUGGCUCAGAAUGUGAUCAAAAGAUUUUAUCGAAGAAGGAAUCCACUGGCUUUGUGCUCUCACCUAACUAUCCCUAUCCAUAUAUACCAAAAACUGUGUGUAGAUAUUUCAUCUAUGGCAUGCAGGAUGCACAGCAUCUGGAGCGUGUACGGCUCGAGUUUAAUUCUUUCAACAUACCCAAGAUGGAGCACAAAGACAAGAGCGAAUCCAACUGUACUGAUGGCUAUCUGAAAAUCUAUCUAAAGGGACAGGAGACUGCCGAUGCGUAUGACAAAUUUGAUUACGAGCUGUGCGGCAAUGAGACGCAACGUGUGAUCAGCGAUGGUCCACGCUUGGCGAUGGUGUUCAGUUCGGGUGAGCUGCAGGGGCGUGGCUUCAAGGGCAAAUACACAUUCGAGACGGAGUAUAAAAUACCCGGCACUGCGGCACCGGAUGGCACCUGCAGCUUCACUUAUGUGAGCAGCUCGAAGAAACGCGGCGAGCUAAACAGUCCACGCUAUCCCUCCAACUAUCCGUCGGACACGAACUGUUCCUAUCUGUUCUUGGCCGAGCACAACGAACAGGUGACCAUUGUUUUCGAUCACUUCAAGAUCAAGGCGGACAACAAUGCGAAUGCCACAGCCGGUGCUUAUGGUUCCGGCGCCUGCUUUGAGGAUUGGCUGGAAAUGUAUGUGGUGUAUCGGGACAACAAUGAUCGCCUGCUCGGCCGCUAUUGUGGUUUGACAGCACCCGGACCCGUUGAGAGCCCCCGGGGUGCGGUUGGUCUGCGCAUCACGUUGCACACGGAUCAGGAGAGCGUGGCAAGCGGCUUCAAGGCGCGCUAUUUCUUCGAGUCGGCCAAAUCCGAUGCCGGCGACUGCGGCGGCAAUUUCAGCAACGAGGACUCGGGCAUUAUCACUUCGCCUAAUUAUCCCGCAGGCUAUAAAGCACCUGGACGCGGCAUGGCCUCCAAUGCCUGCAACUGGGUGAUGACUGCACGCGCCGGCUACAAGCUGUCGAUUAACUUUGAGCAGUUUGCACUCGAGGGCGAUCCAGCAGGUCGAGGCUGUCCGGCGGCUGUGCUACGCCUGUGGGUGAAUGUGGAUUCAGAUCAGCCGCCAGUGGAGCUGUGCGGCGAGAAGCCCCCCGUCGAGCAGUGGCAUUAUAUAUCCACAGGCCAAACGGCACGCAUCAGUUUCACCACCAGCGACAAGACCGUUGGAGCACAGGGCUUCCGCAUUGUAUGGACUGAAAUACAGGAUUCGGGGCCGGGUCCACCAUCCAUUGGGCUGCUCUGCGAGUCCACGUAUCACUUUCAGUGCGCGGCAGGAUAUUGCAUAUCGGACAAGCUGCGCUGCGAUGGCGUCAAGAACUGUGGGCCCGGCGAUGAUAGUGACGAAUUGCAUUGUAUCACGGAAGCGGCAGAGGAGGAUCACGACGUCCUAAUUAUAAUAACACUAGUCGUCGUCUUGUCCCUAAUCUGUCUCCUAUGCACACUCUGUCACUCCAGAAGAAAACGUAGAAAUCAUGUCCGUCAAUUGGGUUUACAUCGGAAUGCGCAUUACGAUUCGCAGACGAGUGCUACAGCUGGUCUUAGCUCUAGUCGGCGGCAUUUGCAGAGCGGCGGAGCGAGCAUUGCCGGAAGCCUGCACGGCAUCAAUAGUGGCACCUUGAUCAUUCCGCCUGCCCCUCUUCCACCCACCAGCGUGCCACCGCCACCUCACAUUUGUAUAGCCGGUGUGGAUAUGGUGCAUGGUCUAAUGUCCAACGAUGAGGAUGACGACGAUGAUGACGACGACCUCGAGCUGGAUGAGGAGGAUCAACUGGCUGCGGAUAUAUUUAUAAACGAUGUGCAUUUCGACGAGGAUAAUAUCGAUCAUGUAAACCAAAUGGCAAAUGUUUAACUAUGUUUUUGUUUCGGUUUUUAAGCAUUUUUAUCGUUAGUUUCUGUUGUAGAGCGCUUUAGGUUAAGCCGUGUCCUUGCCCAAAGAGGACACUUAAAUGCAUAAAUGCAAAGUGCGAUCUGCAAAAACUGUGUGUGCAGCUAGCUGAUUGGAGUAGUUCAAUGUUUACAAAACUACAAUCAGCACAGCAAAUCACAAAAGUAAGCAGAGUAGAGGAAAAUGAAGAUAAAGAUGAUGAUGAAAAUGAAGAUGAAGUUGAAGUGGAGGAGGAUGAUGAACAAGAAGAUAAAUUCAAAAGUUAACAAUACCUAAAAGACGAAAAAUUAUGCAAAAGUGCGAAUUGAUUAAGAUAUAAAUUUAAUAAGCUAUAGACAAGGCGCAAAACGUAAACGUAAUAAACAACAAAAAAAAAAAGUACAGUAGGGCGAUAAACAUUGUAGUAGCGAUAAACGAUGAAAUGAUGAAUCGAUUAAACGAUAACAACAAUGACGACAGGCAACAAAUAAUAAUUACAUUUAAAUAUACAUACAUGCAUACAUAACUAUAUUAUACACAUAGCGACUACGUAUGACAGAUAAAGGUAAAAAAUAAAAUAAAUAAAUUAAAUGAAGAUAAACCACAAGGCUUGAUGAGAGGAGACGGAUCGAUGAAGACAGACAGACGUAGAUCCUGACAAAGACGAAGACGAAGAUGAAGAUGAAGAUGAUGAAAAACCAAGCGGCGAUUAUGUGUCAGCAUUUUCUUAGCCACAGGUGACCGCAAAAAGUUGUUGAUUUUUAUAUUUGAUACGAGUAAUAUUUAGGUGAAGCAUAAAUUGAAUUAAUUAUACAACAAUACCAAAAACAUUCACAAAUAAAUUCAAAUUGCAAACGAGCAAAAAAUAUGAACAAUUUGCUUAUAAUAAUGGGCAUAAAACAAUAACAUAAAUAAAUACCUAUAUUACUAUACCUAUAAAAAACCUUAACAGCCGCAAAUAAACUUUUAUUUACACAUUUUUUUACAAUAAGCAAGACACACACAUACAUACCCAUACAUACACACCAUACACACACAUAGCAAUAACUGAAGUUAAAGCAAGUUUAUAAAUUGAAGUUUUUAACUAAAAGAAAUAAGAAACGAAAACAAAGCAAAACAAAACAAAAGAGAAAAAAUCAACAAAUACAUUACAAACAAAAAAUAAUGCAUAAAUAAAAUGAAGAAUUAGUGACUAUCAAACCUGUAUCUUCCAGCAAAAGUUAAACGCAAAAUUCUUAAAUCGAGAGAUCUGUAUAAAUAAAAACGAAUAAAUAAAUUAAUUCAUACAAAUAACUAAAAUCUAGUAGCGCCAUUUGACGGGAGCUGCUAAUUUCCAAAAUAAAUUCAAAAGAUUUUUGUCUAUUUAAGCACAUUUUUAUAGACAUUUAAUGAGCGAAUGUUGCAGCUACAUUAAGAUACAACAAAUAUUUAUAAAAAUGUACACGCUAAAGAGAACGAUAAUAAAAACUUUUACAGUAAAUUAAAAUCCAAAAAUUAAUACUGAUUAGAAAAUAAAAACAUAAAACAUUUGUGCCAAGUUAAGAGAAUCAAUUAGUUGUAUUAUUUCUCUUCCAUUUUGUUUACAUUAAGUUAAUAUAUUCUGUUACUAAUUCCACACUAUAUUCUAAGAAAAUGUAAUUAUGUUAACUAUUAUCCUUUAUUUCAUGUUAAGUUUUAGUUAUUUCUAAUAACAAUAAUACAAGCAGAGAAAUUUGACAAAACAAAAAGAAAAAAUAAAAUAAAAUUAUUGGUUUCAUAGCGCUCGUACGUUUUGCAUAAAAAUAUUAAAUUAAAAUAUAAAAACGAAAACAUUAAGAAAAAUGCUUAAAUAAUGAGGAAAAUUAAAAACAAGUUUAACGUAAAGAAAAAUCAUUAAUAAUAACAAAAAAAAAAACAAGUAUGUAGGUGUUUAAUAAAAUAUAACAUAUAAAUAAAAUCAAAUACAUUGAACAAGUAAAACGUUGUUAAAUUGUUGCAAAAUGCAUAAAGAUCAACUAAUUCAUAAGAAAUAAAAACCAAAAACAAAUUAUUUUUAAAUAUUUGCAAAAAAAUACAAAUGAAAUGCAUAUUUAGUUUAAGUGUAUAAAUUUUGUUGUUGUAUGACAUUAAAGUGAACCCAAUUAAAUUAGUUAAUUAAAAAAAAAUUGAAUUUGUGUUCUAGCAAUAAAAAUGAAAAGUAAACUAAAAACCAAAACCAAAAAAAAUCAAAAAACUAUUUACUAAACAAACAAAAAUUAAAUAAAAUAAAAAACAAUGUUCAAGAAA